AUGUUGGCUCGUACUAUCCAGCGAUUCUCGACCGUUGCUCGCAGAGGCUACGCCGCCGCCGCUGCUGCUCCAGCCAAGAACGCCAAUCCAGAAGAGCUUCGUCUUACCUUCGCUUCUCCAGACACUGCUUUUUUCUCUAAUGAGGUCGUCAAGCAGGUUGAUGUCCCAACUUUGGCUGGAGUUGUUGGUGUUCUCGCUAACCACGUCCCAACCAUCGGAGUCUUGAAGCCAGGAGUUGUUCAGGUCACCAAGAGCGACGGAAACGUUGAGCGCGUUUUCGUUUCCUCUGGAACCCUUUCGGUCAACAUUGACGGAUCGUGCCAAGUUCUUGCUGAGGAGGUUGUAAAGAUUGAAGAUAUCGAUGAAUCGGUUGCUCGCGCUGAAUUGGACGCGGCUCAAAGACAAUCUGGAGAAGGAAGCGAAGCCGCUCGUGCUGAAGCUCAAAUCCGUGCUGAGGUUGCCGAAGCUUUGAUCAAGGCCGCCACCAACCAGCAAUAA